AUGGAGACCUAUUUUGAGAAAGCUAGGAGAGUAGAUCUUGAUGUUAUACCUGAAAAGGUUGAAUCUUCUGAGUCACCUUGUUCUUUGUAUCCUUUGAGAAUAACAGAUAUUACAGAGGAAACAUCAGAUGAUGAAGAUAUUUCUACAGAACUAGCUGAUAAUUCAUCCUCAAUGACAACUGCUGAAGUAACUGAAAAACAACCAUGUGAGGAAAUCUCUUCACCACUAACUUCAUUAAGUCUUUUUGAAUCUAAGAGUUUGGAGGAGGAUCUUCACUUUUCUUCUGAUCCUGUUGACUGGGAUAAACAAGAUAAAAAGCUGAAAGAUUUCCUAGAAAUUCAUGCUUGCUAUCUAUAUAGUGGAAUCUGCAAGUUAGCACAUGAACGAUAUAAUGAUUGGAAAAAUGCAUCCAUUCGACUGAAUGAACACGAAGAGUCAAAGUUUCACAAGGAUUGUUAUCUGUGGAUGCAAAACAGGGCAAAAAUUUGUGACAGAGUUGACCAGUUUUUUCUUGAGAAGCAAAAUCAAGAAAUAGAAUACUGGAGGAAUGUUCUAAAAAGGGUUGUUACGGCUGUGAAAAUGCUGUCAUCGCGAGGUUUGCCAUUCAGAGGCACAAAUGAAAAAUUUGGGUCACUCACGAAUGGCAAUUACUUGAUGCUUCUAGAAGCAAUAGCUGGACAUGACCCCUUUUUGGCAGAGCACAUCAAAAAGUAUGGAAACAUUAGUUCUGGCAGUACAUCAUACUUAUACAAAAGUGUAUGUUACGAAUUAAUUUAUAUUGUAAUCUCCAGUGUGUUUGAAGUUAUAAUAAAUGAAGCAAAGCAAGCAAAAUAUUACUCAAUAAGUGUUGACUCAACUCCAGAUGUAUCACAUACAGAUCUGCUUGCCUUCAUUUUUUACUAUGUUAGAAAUAAAGGCAUCCCCAAAGAAAGGUUCAUUAAAUUCAUCUCAAAUGUGAGGCACAAAGCUGAACACUUGUUCAGUGCAGUCAUGGACACUCUGAAAGAAUACCAUAUUGAUAUAAUGGAUUGCAGAGGACAGUCAUAUGACAACGCUAGCAACAUGUCAGGUCCCUAUUCUGGUCUUCAGCCUCGAAUUAAACAGAUUGUGUCAGCUUUACCCAACAUGACCAUUCAGCAAUGCCUUUGA